CACCGCAUUCCCACAUGAAAUAUACACAUAUAUCUCCUUACAAACAGCUGUCUGGGUGUUGCAACAGGGUGGAUCAAGCAGGAUGACUCUCCGGCCAUCUAAUAUAAUGACACUCCACUGGCAACGAGUUAAAUUACAUCAUCAUGUAUCACCGUGUCCCUCUGCUUUGCCUUGGCAUCAUUUAAGAGCUCAGCGUUAGACUGUAUAAGUCGGUUAAGAAUGACAUUCUCGCACACUUUUCGCACUUUUUUUGCGAGUCCUUGGCAGAACCAACAACUUUUCGCUGAUGAGACAAUAGCAGAUAGUUCCAUUUAAUGCGGGAGGAACCAUUCAGCCGCGGGAAAGGGGUGUCAGGAUAUUGUUAGAGGACUCACUGAGGCACUAGGGUGACAUUUUACAGCGGGUGCUGCUGUGUUUAAAAUCCCUCAUGUGUCUUGGUGUCUUUGAUUCCAAAACGAAACCUGUUAGCGAUGCGCAAAUAAUCACCGAGAGGAAUUCCUGUCCACCCCCGCAGGACAGAAUGGACUCGACCUACUCAAUCAUGCACUUCAGCAUACACUGCAAAGAGCAUGCUUUCACCUUUAGGAUUGUCUAUGCUUCUUGAAGUCACCCUGGAUUAUUCUUCUGGAUAAAGCAGGUGAAUGACAUACAGUACUUUCAGGCCGUGCUAUAGAGAGCUCAAUGUUAUACGACCUGGAAGCUGCUAAUGUGCCUAAAAACUGAAGAGAAUGAAGAGGAGCCAAUAAAAUGAAAAGGAGUGUGGUGGAUAAGCUACCCAGAUGAAAAGAACUCGGAUUUCUCUCCAAUGACAAAAUGAUGACCUGGAAUUGAGUAAAAAGACUGAAAUCUCAGUUUGAUAUAUAUGCUGGGACAUAUUUUAGAGUUAAAACUUUCCUACAUAUAUCUAAAUAAAUGACAAAGUAAACUCCAUUCCUUUGUAUGGUGCCAGUGGCACACAUAUAUUUUGAGCCACUAAUUCAUUGACAGUGCUAGAUGAAGAUGGAUAGAUGGUGCUGUAUCCAGUAACUGGAGAGUGCUAAAUGAGCUGCUGUGUAAGCAGCUUGAUCUCUGGAUGAUUGAAGGCAGAUAGCAUUUUGACUUACCAACAGAGCACACUAGACAUCCCUAGAUGUGCAACUGCAGAUAGCAGUAGUUUCAAGUUUUGUUGAGCUUGUGAAAGGCCAGAUAGACAGGGUAGUUUAGUUCGUACAAUGAAUCCUAGAGACAGUGUAGAGAUGAUGGAGACCCAGGCAGUAGGUCAGAAGGAAAAGCUGGUUGGAGACAAGGUCAACCCUGGAAAUGAGGUAGAGGGUGAACAUGACAAAGUCCCAGAGACUUUUGACUGCAACAUCUGUGGACGCAGCUUCCCGUUCCUCAGCUCUUUGUCGCAGCAUAUGAGACGCCACACAGGUGCUCGCCCAUACAAAUGCCCCUACUGUGAUCACAGGGCUUCUCAGAAGGGCAACCUCAAAGUUCACAUUCGCAGCCACAAACUGGGCACCCUCUCUAGCCACCACUCCAAUGAGGAUGAAGUGGGUGGGGCCGAGGAGGAGGAGAUGAGUGUUUCAGAAGGUCUCGAUGGAGGUACGAGUCCAACCAAGAGCAGCUCAGCCUGUAACCGAGUGAUCAAUGGGGAUACUGGUGAGGAGAGUCGGAGGAAAGUGCCUGGGAGGAGCAUGAAAAGAGAGAAGUCUGUUACAGACCAGAGGCCUUACUGUUGCCGCCUGUGUGGUUAUGAGGCCCUGCGAGAGGACCAGCUCCUCAGCCAUAUUGAAAAGGUCCACAUAACAGCAGACGCAGAGGAGGAGACCACUGUCAAGGAAGAGGCUGUGGCCGAACCUGAUGUCCCCCAACCCCAGAGUGAUGGAACCUUUCCCUGUGAGACCUGUGGCCAGGUCUUUAGCCAGGCCUGGUUUCUGAAGUCACACAUGAAGAAACAUGCAGGGAUCCUGGACCACUGCUGUCGUAUUUGUGGACGACGGUUCCGUGAAGCUUGGUUUCUGAAAUCACAUAUGAAAACACACAACACUAAAUCCAGGUCACGGUCAAAAGCAGAUUCAUCUGAGCAUCCAGCUACCAUUAAUGAUGUAGCCCAGGAUCCUGAGAUUGUCACUGCCUCUGUUGCAUCAAUCUAUCAAAUGUGUUCCAAAUGUGGGAACCUGUUCCACAGCAGAGAGAGUCUGAGGGCCCAUGAAAAAGCCCACAGUCUCAGCUAUAGCAGGAAAUCCCAGAGCCAAUCCAGACUCAGUGAUGAUGAGGAUUCACCAGCUGCUAAGAAACGUUACCUUGACUACUUAAAUCUCCAGCCUGUUGAGGAAAGUACCUUGGACGAAGAGGAGGAGGCUGAGAAGAAGAUGCUAGGUCAAAGAAUCCCAGAGUUAGAUCCAGUCUGCAGUUACCAGGCUUGGCAAUUAGCUACAAAAGGAAAGGUUGUUGAGCCAGUGGAGCCGAGUUAUAAGGCCUCCUAUGGUGGAGGAAGUCUGGGGGAAGAGGCCCUCGCUGGAGCUGCUGUGGUUUUUGAAAAGGAGAGCAGCCGUUAUGUCCUGCAAGGGCAAGAGAAGCGCAGCUCAGGGCGACGCAGCAGCUCUGGUUUGGGAAGCCAUACUUCAGGGGACCGGACACCAGAGAGCCUUAGUGACUCUGAGUACCGGCCUUCAUCUCGCCAGGACAGACGGCGAUCAUCACAGUCGCAAGCUUCCACCAAAUCCAACGAGUGCUUUGAGUGUGGGAAGGUGUUUCGCAGUCGUCACCAGAUGAUUGUUCACCAGCGGGUCCACAGAAAGGACGGAGGUAGAGCAUCUGUGGGAGAUAAGGAAAGAACUUCAAGAGACGAACGAUGGGGCUCCACCAGUGAUCCAGAGUCAGGAUCCCCCAGCCGGCCAAGCACCCCUGGGUAUGGAGACUCUCCACCAGCCUCCACCCUUGGAGACCAGGCCUCGGAGAUGGGUACUGCAAACUCCGGAGAGAUUGCAGAUGAGAGACCAUACAUCUGCAGCCUUUGUGACUUUGUCGCCACAGACUUGAAGACCUAUUCGACUCAUGUUCGUGUCCAACACCCGGUUGUCCCUGAAGAUAGACCCAGCCCUAUUCCUAGCCCCAGCUCCAGCUCAGACAGAGGCACCCCCAGUGGUUAUCCCAAGCUGAAGAAAGCUCUUCUUCAGGGGUUGAACAACUCUGCAUCCCCUUCUGCUUACCUUUCAGCACGAUCCUCCCCACUUGAUCCUAGCAUGACCCCUGUGGAUCUAUGUGUGAGGGCUGAGGGCUGCAGGGGCAUAGCCUCCCUAAACCUGGACAGGAAGAGCCUCCUUAGCCAUAAGUGCUCCUUCUGCUCUCAUUCCACUCGCUACCCAGAGGUGCUCUGGAUGCAUCAGACUGUGGCUCACCGCAUCAACAGCAAUAGCUCCAAUCUUGCUCCCAAAUGGGCCCUGAAAAACAACUCCAAGGGCUCCAGGGACAACUUCUUAUCUUCCAGGAGACGCACCGGUCCCCCGCCAGUCCUGGAAGGAAAGGAGUGUCCACCACUGCCUCCACUGAUGCGUGCACAACGUACCCGGCCGCCAACUUACUCCAGCGAGGUUCUAAAAAAGAACAAACCAGCCAGUAGUGCAGCCAUGCCGUCAUCAUCAUCGUCGUCGUCAUCAUCAUCAUCAUCCUCUACUCCCUCCUCCUCCUUAUCCAAGGGCUCUUCAUCCACCUCAGGCACCCAUGCUGGGAGAGUCCCCGUCCGGCCAAGCAGCAGCACCAGCAGCAGUGUCAGGCACGUGGAGGACCAGAGUCAUCAGCCUCGCUUCAGACCCAAAGUGGAUAUUUACCCUCGGGGAGGUUCAUUGCCUUCAUCCAGCUCCUUGGAGAAGAGCACUGGUGCCCUCUCACGUUCCUCAGCCCCAAGCCCCAGCUCUGCUACAGCAUCCCGAAUUUCUGACCGCUAUAUGAUGCCUCAAGAGGGUCUGGGCUUCAUGUUGUCCAGCAAACAUGGCCUAGCAGAGUACAGCCGAGCUAGGGGUUCCCCUCAUCAGCCGCUUCCCAACUCCCACAGCCAGAUCCGAGCUAAUGCUACGAGGCCCAGCACCAUUACCCAUAGCUCCACAGCAGGACACAACUACGGAGUCUCCCAAGCACACGGAAGCACUCUGCUGAAUUCCUCCUCCUCUUCCUCCUCCUCUUCGUCUUUGCCUUCAGAUGCUCGUGGAGAUGUGAAGCACGAGCCAAUCGCAGAGACACCCGAGAUGCCGACUGACAUCCUUAGCUUCCUCAAAAACUACAGCCCCAAUGAACUGGCUGCCCUCUACCACCGGUGGGGUGCAGCCAAUGCACUGCUGGAUCCUACUGGGAUGCUGAGGUCUCUCAUGCGGCAGGGACAAUAUUUCUGCCAUGAGUGCGGGAAGAGUUUCAGUCAGCCCAGCCACCUGCGCACUCAUAUGAGAUCCCAUACAGGGGAGAGGCCAUUCUGCUGCCAGCUCUGCCCAUACCGAGCCUCUCAGAAAGGGAACCUAAAGACGCACGUCCAGAGUGUCCACCAUAUGCCUUUUGACAACAGCCAGUACCCAGAUACGAGGAGCUUGUUACUGAGCCAGGAGGAGCAUGGAGCGCUGGCUGCCAAACACCCACCGACGCCACAACAACAACAACAGUAGACCAUCUGAUAGACUGCGAUCUGGAUCUUUGGACCAGACUAGUCAGGGAAUCA